GAAGUGUGAAAGCUCAAGGUUCCCGUUUUCUCUAUCCAGUAAGGAACGUUUGUAAAAGAUAAAUUUAGGGUAUGAUUUUAUGCGAAACGUACGUAUGAAUCCAAAGACAUGAAGAAGAGGUUUCACAUCAACCUAGACGAUUCUGCUUUCACUAAAGCAAGAACACCGCCAAAGCCACAGUUUCAACCUUUAUCCAAAGGGCAACAAAACACAACCGUUCCAGCUGCAUCGACCACAGAGCCAGUUACAAAAUCGUCUGAGCAGCCCCUCUCAUAUGCAGAAUACAUCGUCCAGAGUAAAAAUACUGCGGCUGCUGCUCCAGAGAGAAAUGCUCCCCCCAAACUGCUCAGAACCGAAGUAGCUGGACUCAGCAGUCUGCAGCGAGGGGAGCCAGAGUCUGUGCCUUCCAGCACCGGGGGCUCUGAGACGGAUCCAGACUGUGUUAAAGGGACUAAAGUUCCGUUCGAGCAGGUGAAAAAGAAUGCCGAGAAGCAGGUGCUGCCUGAGGGGAGCUGUCUCAAGUCAGAUCCAAGCUUCAUCCAGGGUCCGAAACCAGUGGGCUCUGGGAGCAGCAUCAUUGUCAGUCCUCGACAGAGGGGUAAUCCCAUUCUAAAGUUUGUGAGGAGCGUGCCCUGGGAGUUUGGAGAAGUUGUGCCUGAUUACGUCUUGGGACAGACAACUUGUGCUCUUUUCCUCAGCCUGAGGUAUCACAACCUAAACCCGAACUAUAUCCACGACCGUUUAAAGCAGCUCGGAAAUGCAUUCACCUUACGUGUGUUGCUGGUUCAAGUAGAUGUGAAAGAUCCUCAUCAUGCAUUAAAGGAACUGGCUCGCAUCUGUAUCAUGGCGGACUGCACUCUUAUCUUGGCUUGGAGUCCAGAAGAAGCAGGACGAUACCUGGAAACAUAUAAGUCAUAUGAGAAGAAGCCAGCAGAUCUUCUGAAGGAGCAAGUAGAAAAAGACUAUCUUUCAAAGGUUACCGAUUGCCUGACCACUGUGAAAUCUAUAAACAAAACUGAUGCCAUAACCUUACUAUCCACUUUCUCAUCCGUAGAGGGAAUCAUCAAUGCCUCCAAAGAAGAGUUGGUUCUCUGCCCAGGCCUUGGACCACAAAAGGCGAGACGGCUUUAUGAUGUCCUCCAUAACCCCUUUCUGAAGUCGAAGACAAACAGCUGACAUGUCCGCCAACAACGUGUGAUUGGAAAGAAUUGAAGAAAUUAAGUUUGUCAUUAAACACCAUUAAAUAAAACAGACACAAUUUAAAGUACUUAAUUGUAAGCACAUAUUAUUGUGAUUAAAAAUGUUUUAUAUAUUGCGUUUCUAUGACUGAGAAUCUUCAAAUGGGUUUGUGAACUAACCUGUGCGCCAUUUUAAUUUGUUUUUUUUUCCUGUUUUUGGGUGUUUGUUCUUACAAUAAUAAAUUAUAUUUUUAUACAGUA